CAUGGGAGCAAUGGAUCCUGGACCCUCCGAGUUGGCGGCUUUUACUCCCUGCUUGCUAGAACAACGUCACUUCUCUCGAUCAAAACUACAUCUUCACCCAUCUUCUUCCCUUGUCCGUCUCUCUCUCACUGAACAACGAGAGAUUAUUCUCUGCUCUCCCUUUACGUCAUGAAGCAAAUCCACAAGCAGUCAAGCGCCAACCAGCACCAGAUCCCAACCCACAGCCCCACCUACCCCGUAAAAAACGCAAAGCAGCACAGCACUCGCUCCUCCCUUCCCCGUUCCGCAGCCUCCUAUCUUCUCCGCGAGCAGCGUCUCCUCUUCGUCCUCGUUGGGGCCGUCAUCGCCUCCUCCUUUUUCCUCCUCCACCCCUACUACCAUCCUCCCACCCCUGCCGCAACCCUUCCUUUCUUUCGCCGCUCCGCUGUUGCCGGGGAUUCGACAGCGAUUUCCACCUCCACCGUCAUCGGUCGAACCAAUCCUGGCGGAGGGAGGAGGGUUCCAGUUGGCCUCAGGAAACCGCCGAAGCGGAUUGUGGUCACAGGCGGGGCGGGAUUUGUUGGGAGUCACCUCGUGGAUAAAUUAAUUGCGAGGGGGGAUAGCGUGAUUGUUAUCGAUAAUUUCUUUACUGGAAGGAAGGAGAAUCUGGUGCAUCUGUUUGGGAAUCCGAGGUUUGAGCUGAUACGACACGAUGUUAUAGAGCCGAUAUUGCUGGAGGUGGAUCAGAUCUAUCACCUGGCGUGUCCGGCUUCGCCGGUGCACUACAAGUACAAUCCUAUUAAGACUAUUAAGACAAAUGUCAUGGGAACACUGAACAUGCUUGGCUUAGCAAAGAGGAUUGGAGCUAGGUUCCUCUUAACGAGUACUAGCGAGGUUUAUGGAGAUCCACUUGAGCACCCUCAGAAGGAGACUUAUUGGGGACAUGUCAACCCUAUUGGUGUUAGAAGUUGCUAUGAUGAAGGGAAAAGAACAGCUGAAACUUUAACCAUGGAUUACCAUCGAGGUGCAGAAGUUGAGGUUCGUAUUGCUCGCAUUUUCAAUACUUAUGGGCCUCGAAUGUGUAUAGAUGAUGGGCGUGUUGUUAGCAACUUUGUUGCACAGGCCUUACGGCGACAACCAAUGACUGUUUAUGGGGAUGGAAAGCAAACUCGAAGUUUCCAAUUUGUUUCUGACUUGGUUGAUGGAUUAGUAACACUAAUGGAAAGUGAGCACAUUGGACCCUUCAACCUUGGAAAUCCCGGGGAAUUCACCAUGUUGGAGCUAGCUGAGGUGGUAAAAGAGACUGUCGAUCCAAGCGCAACCAUUGAUUUCAAACCUAACACAGCAGAUGACCCUCACAUGAGGAAACCAGAUAUCACCAAGGCAAUGGUUUCUGAAUUGGGCGCCGAAGAUCUCUCUCAGGGAAGGCCUGCCCCUAAUGGUAAAUGAUUUCCGAAAACGGAUUUUGGACGAGCAGAAAUAACAGCAUCUGGAAUUCCUCUGUUCAACAGUUCAGCUACAUCAAGCUCUGCAUUACUGCAGUAAGUGAACAAUGGUUGAACAGUAUAUGUGUUCGGCAACUUGUACUCAACUCAGUUGCAAAUUUCUUGCUUGCGCUAUGAAGAUUCAUAUCAUGUUAUUUAGAUAUAUAUCUGAUGCAUCCCUUUUUGGUUAUCAGGGAAAUCAUAUCCCCACAAAGUUCAAUGCAACAAUUGAAGAGCUAAGUUCUAUUCUUUUGACAAGAAAAA